UGCUCAGUCAUUAGCUAGUUGCGCACGUUCACGAAGUUGACUCUAAUUAGCAGGUAGCCCCCACCCCACCCUCAUUCAUAAAGAUGACCCGUGAUGGCCAACAAUCGUUCUUUGUGAUUCUUUUGGUGUAGCUCCGUCCACACAAUGGCCUUUUCUCUGAAAAACGACACCCGCAGGCCCGACAGCCCAGACUCUGACUCGCCGGCCUUGUCGACGUGUAGCAACGCCGACAUCUUCCGCAGGAUGAACACCAUGCUGGGCAACGCUCUGGAUCUGACCGGCGUGUGCACCACUCCCAACAACGGCAAGGGCAAGGCGGACUUUCUGGGUGAGGUAGACCGGGCUGCAGUGGGCAGCAGGAGGAUGCUGUUUGCAAACUGUGGUGGCAUGGCUGGCUCCCAUGAAAUGCAGUCAUCCCGGCUCCCACAGAGUGUGGCAGACCUGGGUCUGGGCCUCCAGACUCUCAGUUUAUCUGGCUGGGACAGACCUUGGAGCAGCCAGGAAACAGAGCCACUCUCUUCUCCCUCCCAGGGUCAAGGGAGCUCACCCUCAAUGCUGGGCAUCCUUAACAGUCCCUUUAGUGGAGUUCUUGGAAAACCACCAGCCUACCUGCCCAGAGAGUCUAUGAGUAUGACUGCUGACAUCCUGGAGAAGUUCCCUGGCAUCGCUCGCAUGACUAACCGUUUGGACUCCAGCUGCUUUUUGGAAUCUCGUUCUAGCAGCCCUGAAGACUCUGAGCUGAGUGGCUUCAGCUCUGGUUCUGAGCAUCUUUGUGACAUGUUGUCCUCUUUGCGGAUUUCACCUCCCCUGCCUUACCUUGCAUCAAACAUGCAGAAGGACCUGCUGCGACUGGGCUCUCGUCUGGACCCCCAGGACACAAGCUCCCCUCUCACCCCGCCAUCUAGCGCCAGCCCGGCCUCCUCUGCGCUUUCUCGCCGCUGGCGCACUGGGUCCCUGUGGCCUCCUGCAGACAUGUUGGACCAGGCUGAUGAAGCAUUUAGCAUUGAGAGGGAGGCCCGUCUGCAUAGACAGGCUGCAGCUGUAAAUGAAGCAACCUUCACUUGGAGUGGUCAGCUGCCCCCCAGAACCAACAAGGAUCCACUUUACUCCUGCAAGGUCUUUCUUGGUGGUGUACCCUGGGAUAUCACUGAAGCUGGACUCAUCAACACUUUCAGUGGCUACGGUCCUCUGACUGUGGAGUGGCCUGGUAAGGAUGGCAAGCACCCUCGCUGCCCUCCCAAAGGUAAUGUGGCCAAAGGCUAUGUCUACCUAGUUUUUGAGAAUGAAAAAUCUGUGCGGGCCUUGCUCCACGCCUGCUCUCAGGACCCGUUUCACCCAGAGGAUAGCAGGGAGUACUACUUCAAAUUGUCCAGUCGCCGAAUGCGUUGCAAGGAUGUACAGGUUAUUCCCUGGGUCAUUUCGGACAGCAACUAUGUGCGCUGCCCUGCUCAGCGUUUGGACCCCAGCAAGACUGUGUUUGUGGGCGCACUGCACGGGAUGCUCAACGCUGAAGCGUUGGCCAGCAUUAUGAAUGACCUGUUUGGGGGUGUCAUGUAUGCGGGCAUUGACACAGACAAACACAAAUAUCCCAUAGGCUCUGGACGCGUGACUUUUAACAAUCAGCGAAGUUACCUGAAAGCAGUCUGCGCGGCCUUUGUGGAGAUCAAAAGCCCCAAGUUUACAAAGAAGGUCCAGAUUGACCCUUACCUGGAAGACUCCAUGUGUCAAGUUUGCCUUCGCCAGUCUGGUCCUUUCUUCUGCAGAGACCAGGCGUGCUUCAAAUACUACUGUCGCUCGUGCUGGCACUGGCAACAUUCCAUGGAUGUCCUGAGCAACCACCGGCCUCUCAUGCGCAACCAAAAGAACAGGGACUCCAGCUAAGAGGCCUCCAGCAAGUGUCCCCUAUGGGAUCGGCUGCAGCGCAGAGGAGAGCACGUGUCGGACGGCCAUCGGCGUGAGGGGUGGCGACGCUCCACCAGGCACUGGGGUUAGAUCACUUGGAAUUGUUCACUUUUUGCACUUGCUCUGUUUUUGCUGUUCACAGUUGGCACUAUGCACAGUGACCUUGUUGGGAGAGACAAGGGACCUUUCACUUUUCCAGCGUUUUCUCAGAUACGUGAGUUGGCAGAAGGUUAGGAAGUGAGGAAAAUGCCCGUUCUGUUUCCCCCUUUUUUUUGUUUUUGUUUACAUGUUGCAUAGUGAAGAGCAGUCAUGCAAGUCUCAUUGCUGUUCAUUGGCAAAUGCCAUACAGUGCCUUUAAAUUUUUAGUUUUUCCCCUCCCUGCCCCUUCACCCAGUUGGUGUUUUCCCCAGUGCGAGCCGACUGGUGUUUCUUACUUUGGGAGUUGAAUGUUGGGCUUCAUUUAACCAGUCGCAUUUCAGACUUUUACGCAAUUUUUUACUAAUUUGUACACACAACGGUUUUAAGUCAUGACAUGAAAAAUUUGAACAGAAUUCUACCUGGUGGCUGUUUUGGAGAAAACCCUUUUUAUUUCCUGAUCCUUGCCCAUUUUUUUUCUGACCGCUUUUUUAAUUUGCCCUGCCAGAUUUCAACAUGAUGGGCAAAGUUUGGAAGUCGAACCUAACCUGCUUUGUUGCAAUUGUUUGUGUUCCGGUCAUGCUGGAUACUGCUUCAACUGGCCAGCCAUUGUUUCUAACUGGAUCUUGACUGAAUGUUUUUGUUUGCACUUUUUUUUUAAUUUGCACUUGUGGAGAGGUGGCAGUCAGUAUUUGCAAUAUAUUGCAGGGGGGGAUGCAGCCAUGUUGAGUAGAGCUGCUUGCUUCCUGACGAAUGUAAGAACUUCCAAUUUGCUGUUCAACUAGUCCACCCAGACCUUGAAUAGACUCCCCAAACGCAUGCACGCGCAGACACACUUUGUCGACCUUGUUUGCCUUCCUGUUGCGGUUGGACAUGUUUGCGUAAUCUCUGUGCCAAGGACUUUUGUUCCUUGCUCUCCAGUUCUUUUGCCCAGCUGCUUUUUACAGUUUGCAAAGUCUACCUCAUUGUAAUCUGCAAAGUUUGCUGCCUACGGUUGUGGAGUUUGUUCAGAAUGGGCACAAUAAAGGUGUUUAAGCAUUAAA